AUGGCGGUUCCUCUCUUCAACCUUGCUCCCGGCCUGAACGUCUCCAGGCUCUCCCUCGGUACGAUACCCACGCGUACUAAUCUGGUCGCCCGCCUGCAUCUCUGUUCCAUUGAUUGAUCUUCCAUUGAUCGGGGUGCGAAGAGAAGUCGUCGCUAAGACGUCGUGCACGCGUUCUGUGUUCUCUACUAGAAUGGCUCUGUUCCUUCUGCUAACGCUGCCCUUCGCCGCCGCCUAUUGUAGGGACCAUGACGUUUGGCGAACAGAACUCGCUGCAGCAGUCGUUCCGACUGCUCGAUGAGGCAUACGGUGCCGGAGUCAACUUCAUCGACACGGCGGAAAUGUACUCAUUCCGCAUUGUUUCGUACCUAAGAUUGCGCUUUCUUCCUUUUUCAUCCGGAGCGCUGGUGUUCGGAUUGGUGAACCGUUCCGUUCUUGGUUGUUUCUUCAGGUACCCAGUUCCCCAGCGCAGAGCCACUCAAGGGAGGAGCGAGAAGUACAUCGGGCGCUGGCUGAAAGAGAGAAAGGUGCCAAGAGACCGUGUCGUACUGGCGACCAAGGUCGGUUGUUGCCUGUCUCUAGGGUGUUCAAGCGUGGUUCAUCUAAGAAAAGCCGUUGUUAAUCAUCAUACGGGAUUAUCAACUUGAACUUUGGUUUCUCCUGCAUGAUAAUUUGCAAACGUUGCAGCCAAUUUUUCUUUCACUCUCUGACGUCUAUGAUUUUUCCCUUUUCAUGUGGGCUAGCCAUUGAGCGGGGGUUAGUUGGGAUCAAGCGUAGGUUGAAAUCCGGGUGCUUUACGCAACCUUAAAGUGCUGGAUUCACAUUGAAAUCCUGGAUACGACUGUUCGUCUAUGACCAUCUGCUUUGUUCUUCUCCUGUCACAGCGAAAACUCUCACUUGUAGUAAACCCAAUUCACUGAUGCCAUGGAAGAUAGAUAUAAUGCUGUUUCUAGGUAAGAGGUGAUCUCCAGUCAUUGGAUAGCUUGAUCAGCUGAAGGCUCCAAUAUCUCAAACAUAUUAGGAUUGGCUGAGGUGUGCAUCACAUAUUUUGAAAGCGGGUACAUUACUUUUAUAAAAUUUCUAUAAUUAAACUCGUAAAAAAUUUGGAAUUGACUGGGUCCCAGUCAUGUUUUAUCUUUCUCUGCCUAGAUACAAUACAGAGUCUGUCGAUGAUGAAAGGGAUGGCAUCAUUUUGGUGCUUUUUUUAGGGCACAGAUUAACUGCAGAAAGUAUUUUGAAUCUUCAAGGGUGAUACAUGUAUACUGGGGACUUCUAGUUCAGAAAUCCGUGCCUUUUGGUUCUCUUGGAAGCCCCUUUCUUUUUCUAUUUUUUGGUGUUCGAUCUUUACCUUCUUGUUUAUAUUCUUUUUAAAAAGAUGACAGCUGAGUGUUGCGUCAUGUGCAUGUUGAUCUGUUGGUAGGGGGGGAAAACGACAAUUUACUCCAGUGGAGAAGAAAAACGUGUGAAGAACUGAGCUUUGCUGUGUCACAAACUGGUAAAUUUCAUGGGCAAUAGGUUUUUGCUCGGCUUUCAUUAAUUUUAAAAGGGGUUCGAGAUAUUUACCAUAGACAUUUGAGCGCAACUAGUGAAAAACUGAGCUUUCGUGUGAUACAUUGAGCUGGAUUUCGUGGACUCAGAACCUGAAAGACAGAUGAAUGAGUGAGAAUAGUCUGUCCAAUCCUGUUCAGGGCGAGCCAGAACUAGUAGUAACAUGGGCCAUCCCAUUCAAGUCCAGUUAUCUCUUUCUGAAUUUCCAUAAUUAUUUCAACAGAUCCGUCUAAUAUCACUGGAUGAUCCCAUGGUGGCAGGGGAAAAAAAAAAAAUUACGAUUUUUUUUUUGGACUAAAGUUUCAUGAUAUGUAACCCCUCCACGCCAAACGAAAUAAGAACACAGGCGUUUUGUAUUUACUGUCCUGUUGGAAAUAUUGUAUUGCAGAGGCAAUUCCGUGGGGUCAUGUAUCUGGUGCAUUAAAUCUAUUUUCCUGACUUUAUACAAUGCUUCAUCCAUACAGAUUACAGGACCAUCAGGCGAAAUGACUUGGAUACGUGGUGGACCAGUAUGUUUGGAUGCGAAGAACAUAUUGGAGGCUAUUGAUAGCAGGUCUUGGUUUUUCUACUGAGUAUUUUUAUGUUCUUCUCAAAAUGAAAAUCUGUGCUUGUUCAUCUCUCUCGAUCAAAAUUGGUGCAUCCAUAAUUUUAUGCGUUAAUUAACUGAGUCAUCAAAGUUCUGACUUGUGAAACCGGUAUCUUCCAAGGUUUUCCUUUCCAAUUUAUUGAUUCCCAAAUCUUCUGUGGUCCCUUUUUUUUUAUCACACAAUGUCUGUAUUGAUGUGACACGCAAGUCACGACCGUUUCAUGAUGAUUGAUGUUUUUUUGGGCUUUGUUAAAACUCUGGAGAUACACAAGACUACAGACUGUUUGUAGAUAGUUGAGGUGAACGUGCAUUCAUGAAUCCUAAAGGUGACUAAUGCUAUUGUCUGAAUAAAGACAGGAAUAUUCCCCUUAAGAGCUCUAGAAUCCUCUUCUUUGUUUUGCACGGAGCUCAGUUUUUGAUAGCUUCAAACGGUCAAUAGAUUAUGUCCCUUGCUCAAUGCUUGGAGAGUGGUGCUGAGGGUCCUCUUUGUUUUAUUGAUCUUUGGAUGAUAUUUUUCUUUUAUUCGUUUGAAAAUACCUCUCUUCUUUUCUGGGGUUAUCUAAUUUUUUUACUUAAGGGAAAAAAUGACGGUUCAUUCUCAGAACAUUAUGCAGAUCAUUUAUGGGGAAGUCUUGGUUUUACAUCCUUAAAUAUCUGUUGGAGCAUCAGUGCUAUGCUUGUCCAUGGGCUACUACUGACUUUCCAGGGAUAUCUUCAACGUAUCCCUUCGAUCCUUUGACUUUUUUUUUCCCCUUAAAGUCAAUUUUUCUUUUUAACUUUAUCCAAAGGAGUGUUCAUGCAUUGUUCAUUAUUUGGCCCCUAAAUCUAGUUUUAUGAGCAUAGGGAUUAGGUUGGAAUAUCAAACAUUGCGUAAGAUAUGGAUUGGCAAUGUCUGUGAAAAACCUGUUAGCUAAAUGCCAAUUUAGAAUGCGUGAAAAGAUCAGCGUUUACUGGAUCAGACUCGGGUUUUUACUAAACUGACUCAAUGAAUUUACACGGAUCUUUAACAACCAACAAAAAAUCACUCGUUUUAUAUAUGAAAUAUGUAUUGUCGUGAUGGCGUGUGAGACGGUGGUAUUCUCUUAAUUGUUUCAGGGUAUUUGUCUAAUGAUCUGAACGCAUUUGGAGUUGAUGGUGCAUAUUUGCCGGUACCAUUUUUCAUGACUUACUAUCACCACAAUGCCUCCUGCACGCCAUAAAAUACUGGGUAUAAAAAAUCGUGUGCACAAGAACUACAAUGUAUCAUCCAAUAUAUGAUCAUGGGCCACAGUAGUAUGUUUGAUGGCAACAGAAAAUGGAGAGAACUACAAACAAGGAUCGCAAGAACUAAAAUUUUAUUUUUUUUCAUUUACCAUUUAUUAAAAUAUUAGAAAUAAUUGAAUAAAAAAAUUAGCUGCAUAAACGUUUUAUAUUUAGUUUUUUAGGUGAGUCCAGGUUGAAUCCACAAGGAUGAUUUGAUUUAUCUUUCAUGCAAAUCUCAUGUUCUCCGAAGAUAAAUAAUUUUUAGAAUAAUGUUGCGCAGGGAUUCAAAUGAGCAUGAAAAAAUAUGCACGAUCAUUGUUUUACCAAAUAUCAACCCUCAUACGUUUUACUUGUCGUAAAUAAAUUUACAAGUUAUAUCUCAAUUUAAAACAUAUCUCACCCUCAGAUUUUCUCUCGUUUGAACGGGUGCAGUCUAUCACGCAUGCAAACUGAUUAUAUUGAUCUUCAACAGAUCCAUUGGCCUGAUCGGUAAGUCUUACAUCUUUUUCAUUGAAUCUCGUAAAUAAUUCCAUGGAUGAAGCAUCUGUCGCUCUGUGUUUACAUUGCUGUUCUGGAGAUUAUAUUUCCCUCAUAGAAAUUUGUUGUUCUAAUUAUAGUUACGUUCCUAUGUUUGGGGAAAUCGAAUACGAUCCAGACCGACAGUUGACAUCAGUGCCCAUUGAGGAACAACUUGAUGCCCUCGGAAGAGCUGUUGAUGCUGGGAAGGUAGACUAAAGGGCUGUUAGAUAGACAUAUUCAGGACCUUCUAUGAAGCCCUUUUGCUUCAUGCGUGUCACACAUUUGCUCUUUUACUGCAUUCGCAGGUUAGGUACAUUGGCCUGAGUAAUGAAACACCAUAUGGCUUGAUGAAAUUCAUUGAGAUCGCCAAAUAUGGCCAAUUUCCCAGGAUUGUCUCUGUGCAGGUAAAGCAUGGAGAAGGUGUGCCCACAUCGACUGCCCUCAGUUUUCUGAGUGUUCCUAACUCACCCUUGUUCUUAAUGAUAAUACUCAGAACUCCUACAACCUUCUUUGCCGAACUUUUGAUUCUGGGCUAGCUGAAUGCUGCCAUCACGAGGGGUAAGUAAGCUGCUCUAAAGCUGAAUGCUUAUUGUUCUCAAGCUGCUUUUCUUUUUUUAAUCUGCUAAGCCAAACACCUUACCGAUCUGGGCACUUAAUAAUCAGUUUGACGUAUAUACUUUUGCCUACCCUUAAUGUGGAGAUUAAUUGCGUUUCAACCUUUCAGUUCCCUGUGCUCCGUGCUGAGAUUCUUAUGGUGCAAUCCAUCUGAUGUGCGAUUAAUCAUCUAGCCUUGCAUCGUUUUAGGAUUAGGUUGCUGGCUUAUAGCCCGACAGCAAUGGGCAUACUAUCUGGAAAAUACUUCUCCCCUGACGGCGGCCCAAAAGGUGCAAGGAUGAAUCGGUAUCGAGGUUGAAGAGACUGAACUACCUUAGUCUCAUGAAUUUUAUGCAUUUUUUCUCUUCCUAGUGUUUAUUUUCUCCAUGCAUUCCUUCUUUAUAGGUAGAUAUUCUGAAGGCGAAUCGAGAUAUAACCUGUCGAAAGUCACUGUGAAGUCUGCUGCUCAGGUACCGGUUGUUGUUCAUCUCUUGCACUAUGUUCAUAGUUCUAAAUUCUUGCAUAUCAUAAAGAAGGGUGUGGUAUGACUUGGGUUCUGACUUUUGUGAGUUUUACGAAGAAUAUUCAUAUGGCUCUACUCUAGGAGCUUCUUCUCAGUAAGACCCAUAAUCGAAACUCUUUGCAGGAGUCCAGAUUAAGAUAUUUUUCUUUAUCAGUUAUCUUCGGGAACUUGAUGCUUUUACCGAAAAUAGAGAGUUAGUAUUAUGCUCAUAUAAUAUGGGGAAUUUUCAUAGAUAAACUAAGGCUGGAUUUUCAUGUUCUUGAGGGGUUCCUUGGUAGCUUGACGCUUAUAAAUAAAAUGGAUUCGCCAAGGUUGGGUGAUAUUUGAUUCACUUUACUGCAGGAAUAUGUGGACAUUGCGUUGAAGUAUAAUCUCCGUCCUGCAUCACUAGCUAUUGGUACGCUUUUAUACUUUUUUCAAUGCCUUUGUGUUAUUUUUCUUGUCUAUAUAUAUAUAUAUACAUUUUCAUAAUAAGAAUAAUCAACAUUCUUGGUGAGACCAUGUUUCUCCCCGACCAUCUCUUUUUUUCUGUGUCUCAAUGCCGCAUGUGAUAUAAACUAGGAAAAUGUACUGAAAUUAGUGGAUCAUAAUAGGCCGAUGAGCAGGUUCUUGGCCGUCAGCAAUCAACCUGUAGGCAAGGAAACUUGCUCUUUCGCUGAAAAACACCAAGCACCCCGAAGAAAGUGGCUCUGAACUGAUAUGACCAUCAUCUCUGCUCACUUUUCUAUUUUUGGUCAACGACCGUUGUCAUGAGCCGUGGCCAGUGGCCUCUCAUGAACAGCCUAAAGAGUACCUCUGUCUUCUUCGCUGCCUGUUCUUAUGGUGGAUUAUCUGAAAAUCCGCAUUCGUUGACCGUCGUGUUCCCUUGCUUGUCCUGUUCUCGCCAGCCUUCGUCUUGGCGCGCCCUCUCGUUGCAAGCGCCGUCUUCGGAGUGACUGAAGAGUCUCAGCUGCGGGAAGCCCUCGAAGCGUGUGAUCUCCACGUCACCCCCGAAAUCGCCGCGGAGAUCGACGUGGUCCACGCGAAGAAUCCCAGUCCUUGCCCGUGA